AUGUUUUAUUUGUCUGCUGCCUUGGUGUUGAGGACAAGGGCCGAGUGCGUAUACGCUCCAGUGGAUUUCAAGUACCAGGCAGAUCAUAACAAAUUGGCGACGCAGUUUUUCAACUACGCCGCCUUGAAGCAGAUGUUGCAGCAGAAGGUGAAACUGAUGAAAACACUCACCGUUAAGCUGUCCAACUCGUCCAGGGGUCAAUCAAACGUGGCUGGUGGUUCGCAAUCUGUUGAUCACAUCGCCGGCAGCAUCGCUGAAGUCUUGUAUGACCCACAGGCCCAUAUCACCCUCGAUUCCUGGUACAAACGAUACGAGGACUUGUUCUCUGUCGAUCUGGCUGUCCAGGACGAUGCAUAG